CGCAGAAGAAGUUGGAUGUUGCGUGGGCGGAGGCAAUGUUCAGAGCCGGAAUUGCAUUCCAAUUCCUGGAGUUCGACACCACGCAGCAGCUGCACAACGUGUAUCUCGAGGUGGCGAACGCCAGACCGCAGGUGAAGUUGCCGUCUUCGAAGCACAUUCGGACUGUCAUGCUCGAGUUCAUUUUCAUGCGCAUUCAAAAGCAAGUGGAGCCUUUGACAAAAUGUUGGGAUGUCACCGGCUGGGUUGGUGUACCGGAUGCUGGAGCGGAUACACAACCGGAGGGCAGUUUUGAAGGACAUGGUGGACGUGACGAAUGUGGGGAAAUGGAAGGUGAUGCGGUGGUCGAGCGCGAAGCUGCAAGCGAAAGCGGAUCUCGUGUACUUCACAAUGCGGAGGGAUGCUUAGUGGACGGAGCUAAGGAAGGUGGUGGAGAUGAUGGAGCCGUUGUAUCUCCUACUGCGGAGGAUGGACAAGGACGGGACUGCACCGUCAAACCUUGUGGAGUACGACCGACUCAUGGAGAGGAUGCUGGCGGAGGUUGUGCUGACACCGGAGCAAUGAAGUUCUCUGUUAGAGAAGGUGAGGGACCGCAUGAAGAUGAUGCGGCAACCAGUGCACGCGCUGGCUUUUCUUCUCGACCCGCGGAGGAGAGAUCCGAAAGGCAAAUUGGCGCACCUCGGAAGUCAAAGGCGCAUAUGGAUAUAAUGAAAGACCUACUCGAGUUUCACAAGCGACCCAUCGCAUACGACCCCAAGCGGAAGGACAAGAAGAUGUGGGAAGAGGAUGCGGUCGAGGAUGCUGAUACUAUCUCACCGUCGAAGUGGUGGGCAACACAUGGCGGCAAUGUGCCGAAGUUGCAGGCCAUUGCUAUCAAAGUGAUGGGCAUGUGGAGCACUGCAACUCCGGCGGAGCGUAAUUGGUCCUCGAUGGACUUGGUGCACUCCAAGCGACGGAAUCGGUUGAAGCCCGCGACCGUGGAGAAGCUUGUGUACAUUCAUUGGAACAUGAAUCUGUUGCGGUUCUUCGAGUCUCUUCCAGAUGCGGAGGAGGGCGAUGAUCCUCUCUUGGAGGUGCCCGAGGAGGAGAAGGGGAAAACGGAGGAGGAGCAGGCUCGGGAACGGGCCUUAACCAAGUUACCAAAGGGCCGGAUUCCGAAGAACCUCGAAGAAGAUGAAGAGGAGCGCACGGACGACAACGACUUGGAGGACGAGAUAUGGAAGGGAAAGGCUCCAUGGUCUGAAACGUCUAGCGAAGGGGAGGCAGAAGACGGGUCCGACAAUGACUUUGAGCUGGGAGCGCAGCCCUCAAUCCCGGGCACCACAUAUAUUGGGAGGAGACGAACAACGCAGUGCCAUCGAGAACGCCCGCCCACAAUGCCAUGUCAAGGGACGGCUAACACAAGUGCACAGUACGAUAUCCAAUCCGAUGUUGAGCUACCGCAGACGGACGCCGACAUUGACAUGGUGCUUCGCCCCGGUCCAAUCGGCGCGGAUGAGGCGGAGGCCGAUCGUGCGAAGGCAAUGGCUGAUGCGGAUCGCGAACGGGUGCAAAGGAGAAUGCGAGAGGAGGAGGAGCGGCGAGCAGCUAUACCAACCCACAGCGAUGAGGGUAGAGUUGACAAUGUUAGAGUAACACGAUCGAGAUCACGUAGGAUCCCGUACGUGUUUCAGUACCUGGACACCAAUACAGAGAGACGGCUUAGAGCCGAAGCUAUAGCCCGUGCUCGAGCAGCGAGCGUGAGGACAACAACAGCUGUUGCACAAGAGUUAGCAGCAGCUAACGCAGCAGCAAGGCAAGCGGCGGCAGCAGCAAUGGCUACCGCGGCAGCAACCAAUGGUGCCACCUCGGCUGCCACUCAGUUGGGGGUGCCCACUGGGUCUGCGGGUAGUUCCAGUGUCGCAGGUUCUAGUCGCUCCACCAGUCAAAUGGCGGGCUCGCAGUUAAGCCCACUGACCCCACGCCAGCGGGAGUUGAGGGAACUCCAGCAAGUUAAAAGGAUUCGCACUAGGCUAGAGAGGGAACUGAAGGAAGCUGCUGAUAGAGAAAAGGAGAUUAGAGAUAGGACAGUCAGAUUGGAAAUGGUAGAGGCCAACAAAACUGCACUAGAGGCAAUGGAUGAGUCAACUAUGAACGACCAUGUAAGAGUGUUGAGGUCAAGCUUGUUGUCGUUGCAUGCGCAUGUAGACAGUAGGAUGGACUUCAUGCAGGACACUUUGGAUCAGAUAUUGGCUCAGUUGCAGCAGCUAGGACCAAUGCUGCCCGCAGUUACCCCCAUGCUGGCACACAACCCCCAUGCUGGCACACAACCCCCAUGCUGGCACACAACCAAGCGGUUCGUCAGUAGCAGCAUCUCAGACUGUUGCUUCUGCUUCUUCGGUCCUGCGGUGGCAGCUACUCCAUCACCGCAGCAGCAACCUGUUCCACCACAGGGACAACAACAAGGCCCAUGGUACCCAAAGACCCCAAUGAAACCACCUGUCGCCUUCUCUGGUGAGAAGAAGGACGAGGAGCUCAACACAUGGUUGAGAACGGUUCCAAUGUGGGUAAGGGCAAAGAGGACUUUGCAGGAGGAGGAGGUGAUUACUGCUGCAUCUUACCUUGAGGGUAAGGCAACCAAAUGGCUAGACGGGAUUAUAGCGAAAGCUGGGUUUGGGAGACGCAUGGCAGAUUGGGCUAAGACCAUGACGUUAGAUGAGUUCAUAGACAUGGUAGAAGCUCGCUGGCAUAAUCCGCAGCAGGCACAGAUUGCCACUGACGCCAUAAUAAGACUAGACCAGCGACGGUACAAGUCCGUUAGGGAGCUUAUGACUACAGUGGAGAAUCUCAUCGUAGUCCCAGGCCUUCGCUAUGAUGACCAGUGCCACGUCAGCAGUGCCACGUCAGACACAGUGCCACGUAAGCAGUGCCACAUCAGCAGUGCCACAUCAGACAUAGUGCCACGUAAGCAGUGCCACAUCAGCAGUGCCACGUCAGACACAGUGCCACGUAAGCAGUGCCACGUAAGCAGUGCCACGUCCGACACAGUGCCACGUCAGCAGAGCCACGUCAGCAACAUGACGGGCCUGUCGGGCCAACUGGCCAAUGAGCCCAUUGCCGACUACAAAAAGCGUUUCCAUGCUCAGCUCGCUCUAAUCGAGGCUGACGAACAACGCCAGCUGGCAGCCAAGGCUGCCCAGGUACAGGCUGAAGAAGCAGCAACAGCAGAGAAGCUGCGGCUACAGGCCAAAGCGGACGCAGAUGCCCAGGCUCGCCGCAAGGAAGCCCAGGCUCUGCUGCAGCGGCAUGAAGCCAACAGCAUUGAGAAACUCGAGUACUGGCACUUUGAACCGAACGGCGACGAGCCAACACCGCAAGAGCAGCAUAAGGAGUUCAUGGCCAAGCUCGUGAGCAGCCACCUGGCAACCUCCCACGACGUCGAUGUACCGGACUUGAAGGACAAGAUCACAUGGGAGGAACUAACACGACUGUGGAAGAAGCGGUUCAUCGUCGACGACGCGCCGACACUCGCCAUCAACCGUCUGUUCACCAUGUCACAGGGCAACACUGCAACACGGGACUGGCUUAGGGAGUGGCAGAAGAUUGCGGCAGUGCCCAAUCUGGACUUGCCAUUCAUACAUCUCAGACGUGAAUUCUACAAUAGAUCAUGUGCUGCAUUGAGCCAGGCUCUUGGUGAUCGCGAGCAGUACUCCACCUUCACCGAAAUCAUUGACAAGGCGAGGGAAAUCAUCAAGACCAAUAGGUCAGCUGCACACGAGAAGUCAACAUGGCAAACGACCUAUGUGGAGAAGCUGCUACGGCAACUGCUAUUGGUGCAACAACACCAAGCACAAGACCUCCCUGUGCCAGGAUCAGGGCAAGGAGGAUGUGCGACCCCGCCUCAGCUCGGGAAACUGAGCUCCGCGGAAGCUUCGUCGCCAUCUAUCGCCGGGGAUUCAUCGUCGUGGUCAAGACUUGAGGUGCUCGACCCACUGACGUUCACGGACUUCCAGUGGAUGCCCGUUCCCCCGACCGGACGAUUGCCGAAACCGCAUUGCAAUGUGCUCAUGGCACAAUUGCGGGAUUACUUGCACACUGCAGUACCAGCUCCGUUGAUGGACGCCGGAGUAGAGGUUGUCGACCUUCACGCUUACAUUGCGAAGAUCGACCGCGAGUUCAAGACGAAAUGGUACGACGACAUCGACGCACCAUUGUUAUAUGUACGCAUUCAGAUCGGAGAGGCGACCUGCAACGCCUUGAUCGAUUGCGGAGCAUCUCACAACUACAUCAGCCAGGACUUCAUGGUACGCGUCGGCCUUGGCCCACGGGUCCGGAGGAAGGCCCAGCCUACGCAAGUCACUUUGGCAGACGGUCAUACGCACAAGUCCAUCGACCGGUGCAUUGAUGUCGUCCCAGUGUACUUUGCCCCUCACUCAAGUGAGGCGGUGUCCUUCGACAUUCUGGACACCAAAUUYGACAUGAUCUUGGGCAUGUCAUUGCUGCGAAGCGAGGAUCACCCGGUGAACUUCUUCCACCGCACCGUUCACAUUCGUGAUCGGAACGGAGUACUAGUUUCAUGCACGGUGCCUUUUCCUCAUCCUUCGAUCAGCUGCCACGUGGUAUCUGCCGCAAGCAUGCGAGCUUCCAUCAUCAGAUACGACAUCGAGGAGAUGGGGRUGUGUUUUCUCCACGCCCUCCCGCCCCAUGACGCUUCAUCGACGGACUCACCUUCGGAUCCACGCGUCACCGAGCUUCUCGACGCCUACAGCAACGUGUUCGAAGGCCCGCACGGAGUAGUACCGGAUCGACCCAUCGGCCACGAGAUCAUCCUCGAGAACGGGGCCGUACCUCCACACGGUUGCAUCUACCGAAUGAGCGAGGAGGAGUUAAGUGUGCUUCGGGCACAACUCGACGACCUUCUAGAGAAAGGCUGGAUUCGGCCUAGCUCAUCGCCAUACGGUGCUCCUGUUCUCUUCUUCUGGAAGAAGAACAAGGACCUGCGGUUGUGCAUCGAUUAUCGCAAGCUCAACGCGCAGACGAUCAGGAAUGCUGGCCCUCUCCCACGCAUCGACAAUCUUCUCGAGCGACUGGGCGGCGCGAAGUUCUUCUCCAAGCUGGAUCUCAAGUCAGGGUACCACCAACUCGAGAUUCGCAAGGAGGACCGGUACAAGACCGCGUUUAAGACGCGAUAUGGGCAUUUCGAAUGGCUGGUUAUGCCAUUUGGCCUUACGAAUGCCCCGGCCACUUUCCAAGCGGGCUAUGACAACGGAGUUCCGACACAUGCUGGAUCAUUCACAUGGGUCACCGACAGCAAUCCAUUGACCUACUACAAGACGCAGGAUACGGUGAGCAGCACGAUCGGACAAUGGAUGUACUUCAUCAACCAGUUUGACUUCACACCGAAACAUCUUCCCGGCCUCUCAAAUCGCGCAGCAGAUGCACUCUCGCGAAGACCUGAUCUUUGCGCUAUGACACAUCAUGCCUUCGCAUUCGACGAGGAGCUUCAGCGACACUUCAUCUGGGCAUAUGAGUCUGAUCCGGACUUCGCCACGCUGUAUGCACAGCUAUCUUCGGAUCACCCGCCGGCCAGCCACUAUCGCAUUGCCGACGGGUACUUGCUCCUCCACUCGAGAGGCAAGGACUUACUAUGUGUCCCACGCGACCGUCGUCUUCGGACUCGCCUCCUCGGCGAGUAUCAUGAUUCACGACUCGCCGGCCAUUUUGGAGUCAACCGCACUAUUGCACGACUUCGACAGCAGUUCCGAUGGCCCGACCUCAUUACCGAUGUCACUCGGUAUUGCGACUCUUGCGAAGUUUGUCGACGUAGCAAGCCCCGCAACCGCAAUCCCUACGGCGAGUUACACCCGAUGCCUAUCUCACGGGAACCCGGUCUCUCCAUUGCCAUGGACGUCACCGGUCCGUUUCCUCGCGACCGGCUCGGGCACGACGGCAUCCUCACGGUUGUGGACCGAUUGAGUAAGUACGCGCGUUUUCUCCCUUGCAAGUACUACUCCACGGCUCCCGAGCUGGCAUGCCUCCUGCACACUGGUUGGAUUUGUGGCCACGGUGUACCAGAAGACAUUGUCAGCGACCGCAACACUCGUUUCAUGUCGGCGUUUUGGACAGCUUUCAUGCAGGAGUCCGACACAACAAUGAAACCAAGUUCAGCUCGACACCCUCAGACAGACGGGCAGACGGAGCGGGCACAUCAGACCGCUCAAAUGAUGCUUCGUACGCUCAUCCGUCCGGACCAGAAAGAUUGKGUUGACYGCCUCCCCGACAUCGAGUUCGCCUACAACACUUCGGUGCAUCCGGCGAUCGGCGUGACUCCAUUCGAGUUGCACCACGGUGGACGGAAAGGCCGGAUCUUCGCCGACCUUCUCCUCCCUCGACCAGCCGACAUUUACGCUGCCUGCUCUCCCGCUUCCGUCCGGAAGUACAGGGAAUUGUUGACUCAAGCCCGCGCAAACAUGCAACAGGCUCAGGUCCGCAUGCAGCAGCAAGCCAACAGGCGUCGCGUACCAUGUCCCAUCCGCGCCGGUGAUCUGGUUUGGGUCUCCGCGGAAGAGUUUGCACUGGAACAGGAUGUUUCACGCAGACUGCUUCCCAAGUGGUUUGGACCUUGGUCUGUGACAGCAGCCGCGGGCAAUGAGCCCGAUGGCCCUUCAUUUGUGAUCAACAUUCCAGAGCAUCUGAUGGUCCAUCCGGUCUUCCACGCCUCGAAGCUGGCAACAUACACGCCAGCCAAGAGCGACGACUUUCCGGACCGACGAUCGCAGGACCCUCCUUCUAUGGAUGGUCAUCAGGAAGUUGACCGCGUCAUCACCGAUCGCAAGUAUGGCAGCAAGCUGCGGCAGUACAAAGUCACAUUCAAAGCAUGCGAUCGCGACGACACUCGGUGGAUUUCAGGCGCAGACUUGAAAGCAUCCGCACCGCUGAUCUACGCGCAUUAUGAAAGGCGGAGGUUAGCUCAGGAAGCUUCACGACCUGCCCCUCCCACCCGGACUGUGGUCCCUCCCUCAGACAGACAGCUUCGCCCUCGCAGGCCAGAAAUAGCCUGUUCCUCACAAGCUCGAGUAGGAGCUGCAACGGCAGCCCCUGACUCUGAUCGGCAUUGGCAAGAGCAGUCUCCUGGACUGCUCGCCUGCAGUCAGGAGGCACCCGUGGUAGUACAUAGGACUGUCCUAGACAGUUCACGGAAAGACGAGGAGGCGGAGUCGUAUGUAACUCAGGAUGAGAGAGAGGCGCUAGCCAAUGAGCUAGCAGCAAUGGAGGACCCUAUGGAACGGCGAGAAAGGGAGGAAGAGCAGAAGUUGGCAUGGAAGCUGAGGAUGAAGAGGGAGAAGAAGAGGAGGAGAGAGGAAGUCAACAAACUGACCGCAGAGGUGGCGAAGGUGCAAGAUUGCAGGAAGGAAGUGCAGGCCCAGCCUGAUGAUAAGGUCAAGUGGGAUAAAGUAUUUGGGCACCUGGAGGUGCUGAGCAAAGCAUGGAUGGAGGAGCACCAAGCGAGUUGGAACCAGGACGUAGCCUUGAGUGCCAUGCGGUCGGGAUUUAGAGAUUUUGCGCGCGAUAUUGUCACCCACCUUGGGGGCGAAGUCACGCAAAUAAGGGACAAUGUAGGGAAGUUCUACGAAGGCGCCAUUGAGGGUGGCAAAGCGAUAGCCGCUGUAGAGGGCGGGGCCAGGCCUCCCAAGGACCCUGUCAAGCUCAAGUUCGCAGACGCAUACGGGGGAAAGGAGGAGAACUUUGACAACUGGGAGGCCAGUGUCAAUAGUUACGUCUUGGAAAAGCUCAGAGAGACUAACUUCAAGAUCAAUGCGAAGAAGUGUGAGUGGGCCAAGACGCAAGUCCUGUACUUGGGCCACAUAUUAGACGGAGAUGGCAUUAAGCCAGAGGAUAGCAAGAUAGCGGCAAUUAGAGACUGGCCGACACCCCACACAUUGACAGAGUUGCGGUCGUUCUUGGGCCUAGCUAAUUACUAUAGAAAGUUCGUGAGGAACUUUUCUACUAUCGCCGCUCCCUCGCGCAGGUUGCUUAAGAAAGAGGCAAUCUGGCAAUGGGACAAGGAUUGUACGUCCGCGCUAAAGAGACUGAAGCGCGCGUUGAUAGAGUACCCUGUCCUCAAAGUAGCUGAUCCAUCUUUGCCAUUUGUCGUUACCACAAACGCGAGUCUGUAUGGUAUAGGCGCCGUGUUGCAGCAAGACGACGACAAUGGCUAUAGACCCGUAGAGUUCAUGUCAGCGAGGAUGCCCUUAGAGAAGGUAGCCACCUCGACGUACGAGAGAGAACUCUACGCUCUCAGGCAGGCUUUAGAGCAUUGGAAGCACUAUCUGCUUGGGAGGCACUUCAAAGUGUAUUCUGACCAUGAGACACUUAGAUGGUUAAAGACACAGGCCAAGAUGACACCUAAACUAACUAGGUGGGCCGCUGAAAUAGACCAAUAUGACUUUGAGCUUAAGCCAGUGAAAGGCAAGUAUAACGUAGUUGCGGACGCUCGGAGUAGGAGAUCAUACUACUUUGGAGCCAUAGUACACUAUAUGGAUAUAGGGAGAGACCUGCAGGAGAAAGUCAGGCAAGCGUAUGCGCAUGACCCUAUCUAUAGUGACCUCCUCAAGAGAGUUAAGGAGGCCCCAGAGGCGGAACCACAUUACCGCACUAUAGAAGGACUACUGUUUGAGAAGACAGAUGUAUUCGACCGCCUAUGCGUUCCCAAUAGUGAGGAAGUCCGCAGUCUAAUCCUAGGGGAAUGCCAUGACAUAGAGGGACACUUCGGUUGGCAGAAGACAUUAGCUAACCUGAUGCGUGCGUACACCUGGCCGGGGAUGCUGCCUAUUCCUGAUCAGCCUGGAGACUCAAUGUCCAUAGACUUCAUGGAUACUCAGCUGGGCGUUGUGACAUUUAAGUUGACUGCUCUGAAGGACACUCAGAGGGAAUUGAAAGCUAGCAUUUUGGAGAGCCCUGACCAGUACGAGGCCGAAUACGAGUCUCUCGCCAAGAAGCUUGAGGAUGAAAGGGCGGAUGCACGCAAAGCAGAUCAGAAGGAUUGGGACUUGAGUAAAAUACUGAAUUAUCUAAUGGAGGAGAGGGGGAUGUGGACGAGGAGGACGACGAGGAUAGUGAGGACGACGAGGAGUCGUCGUCGAGAUGGGGAAGGAGAAGAGAUGGAUGGAGGGAAAAGAGGAAGGGCAGGAGGAGGAGGACGAGUGGGAGGAGGAGACAUGGACGGCGAGGAAGGGGAGGACACGAGGAAGGGAAGGAGGCGAGGAGGCAUGGAAGAUGAGGAAGUACGAGGAGGAGGAGGAGACAAGGAGGAUGAGGAAGGGCAGGAGGAGGAGGCCGAAGAGGAGGAGGAGGAGGAGACGAAAAGGAGAAGGGAGGAGGAGACAUGGAGGAUGAGGAAGGGAGGAGGAGCAAGCCAAAGCGGAUCUGCAGCGAGUCCAGACCAUGCUGCUGCUGCUGCAGCGGCAAGUGGUGGUGCAGGGACUUCUGGAACUGUUGCAGCCCAGGGCCCGGACCCAGCAAUGGCUGGGCCAGGCGGCAGCUUUGCUUACAUUGACAGGAAGGCGGCGCAGAUUCCGUCCAAGUAUGACGGAAAGGACGACGUCGAGUCUUGGAUCAGCUCCAUGCGGUCCUACUUUGAUGUAUUGGGGACACCCCUGUCCACUCAGUCGUCUAUCCUGGGGACCAAUGUGGAGCCCGUCGUGCGGGGUUUCCUAGAAACCCAGGCUGUCCAAUCAGGCUAUAAGAGAAUAGACUUGAACAAGUGGCUGAAGGCUACGCCUACUACCACACUUGAGGAUCUCUUGAUCAAACAAUAUGCUGGUCCACAUGCUGCAGCUAAAGCAAGGCUUAAGCUUGACAAGCUCAAGCACAGCAAGUGGACCGACACCAUGCACAGUCUGCAGUAGUACCAUCAGAUUCCAAUACGGCCCGAGGAUCACUACAAAACCGCUUUUCAGACAAGGUACGGUCUGUACGAGUUUGUGGUGAUGCAUUUCGGCCUUUGCAAUGCUCAUGGCACCUUUCAGCACGCCAUGAAUUGGAUCUUUCAUGACUACUUGGACAAGUUUGUCAUCGUGUACCUCAACGACAUACUUAUCUUCAGUAGGACUGUCGAGGAGCAUGUCGGUCACUUCCUUAGCCUCGUUCGACAGCACCAGUUGAAGAUCAACGGGGAGAAAUGCGAGUUUGGCCGCACCCGGAUCUUGUAUCUGGGUCAUGAGAUUUCCGCGGAGGGAUUGAAGCCUGAUGACGCGAAGGUGGCCAGCAUUCGUGAUUGGCCGCGUCCUCAUUCUGUGACUAAGAUGAGGUCCUUCUUAGGGAUGACCAGCUACUACCGCAACUUUGUGAAGAAUUAUAGCAUAGUGGCCGCACCUUUGACUGACCUAACCCGCCUUGACACCCCAUGGGAGUGGACAGACAGGUGUGAGGCUGCCUUGAGACAUCUGAAGCAUGUUCUAGCACACCACGAGGUCUUGAAACUUCCUGAUCCUGACAAGCCAUUUAUAGUAACCACGGAUGCUAGCCAAUAUGGCAUAGGCACCGUGCUCGCGCAGCAGGAGGGGCCAAAGUUGAGGCCUGUAGAGUACAUGUCCAAAAAGAUGUCCUCUCAGAAGUUGGCUAAGUCCACCUAUGAGAAGGAGCUCUAUGCGAUCUACAAAGCGCUAACCCACUGGAGGCACUACCUCCUUGGGAGGUUCUUCUACGUCAGGACUGAUCAUCAGACCCUGAAGUGGAUGAGAACCCAGCCAGUGCUCUCGGAUGCGUUGAAAAGAUGGAUCGAAGUCAUUGAGCAGUAUGACUUCGAACCUCGGUAUAUCAAAGGAGAGUACAAUAGAGUUGCUGAUGCGCUGUCGCGUAGGCCGGACUUCCUUGGUGUGCUGAUCACCGAGUUUGGGUUUGCGGACGAUGUUACUCGUUCUUUGGUGGAAGCCUAUCGCGAGGAUUCGUUUAUGGCUGAGAUCAUACGCAGACUCGAAGCGAAGGACGAGAAGGCCGGGAAUAAACGCUUAUGGCGGAAACUGAAACAGUCGAUGCCAGAGGAUGCAGAACUGCAGGAAAAGGCCAAGAAGAAGUUCAUAACACAAUGCCGAGGCUUUCCGCCGCAGGCUGAAGCGGCGGCAACAGUUGAGAAGCAACGACUUCAAGCCGAAGCUGAAGCAGAUACCCAGGCACGACGCAAGGAGGCCCAGGAUCUCCUACAGCGGCAUGAAGCCACCAGCAUAGAAAAGCUCAAGUUUUGGCACUUUGAACCAUCCGAGGAGCACGACGACGCGACGCCGGAGGAGCAACACAAGGAAUUCAUGGCCAAACUCGUGACUAGGUUGGUUUACACUUGUAACCACCUGCAGUCUGAGCUGGCGAACCUCCAGCGGGCCGUACGGAAUCACAAGGCUCAGCACGAGGAUGCAACACAGGCACUUCAUUCCCAUGUACAGGACUUGGAGCAAACUGCACCAAGACCGGAGGCUGGCGAGUCCAGCAGUGCACCCUCUGCCCGCCAAUUGGAGGAACGAGUUGACCACGUAGUCGCAAUGCUCGGCGACAUCAGCACCUUCGCUGCACCAGCCACCAUCAGCAACCAGCUGGACACCUUGAAGACCGAGGUUCAGCAACUGCAGCUGCCUAACAAAGAUGGCAACACCACUCAGCAUUACAAGAUGCCGACAUUCCAAAUCGAGAAGUUCGAUGAUUAUAUGCGUCAAGACCCGGUCCUCUGGUGGGAGGGCUUUACAACGCAACUUCGGAUUCUGUUCGUCGCCAAGCACGCGUACAUCGGCGCGCUGUUCCUCAACUCAAAGGGCGGAUGCCAGAUCUGGUUGAGCCACCUGGCAACCGUCCACGGCGUCGACGUCGCAGAUGUGAAAGAUAAGAUCUCUUGGGAAGAGUUAACACGGCUAUGGAAGAAGCGGUUCAUCGUGGACGACGCCCUGACGCUCGCCAUCAACCGCCUCUUCGCUAUGACGCAAGGCAACACAUCGACACAUGACUGGCUCACGGAAUGGCAAAAGAUCGCGGCAACGCCCGAUCUUGACUUGCCAUUUUCGCAUCUGCACCGCGAGUUCUACAAGCGGUCAUGUGUCGCCUUGAGCCUUGCACUUGGUGAUCGCGAGCAAUACGCAACCUUCGCUGAAAUCAUCGACAAGGCAAGGGAGAUCAUCAAGACCAAUAGGGCAGCUGCACAUGAGAAAUCAGCAUGGCAGCCAAUCUAUGUGGAGAAGGUGAAAACUGGUCCGCGGCCACAGCAUGUCGCUGCAGUCCAAUCGGACAACAUUGUGCAAGACCCGGCAGCCACCCAAGCGUCACGUGAGGGAGAUCAGUUGGCUGCUGUCCAACCGCGAAGCAACAACAAUUCCCGAGGAAACGGGAAGGCGAAAACCGCAUCGCCGGCUGAAAACGGACAGCCAGCACCAUGGGUCAAGUUUCACUUGACCGAGGCGGAAUACAAGUGGCGCGGACGCUACGGAUGCUGCUAUUGGUGCAACAACACCAAGCACAAGACCUCCCAAUGCCCGGAUCAAGGCAAGGAGGAUGUUUGGCCUCAUCGGAGAGGCGACCUGCAACGCUUUGAUCAAUUGCGGAGCAUCUCGCAACUACAUGAGACAGGACUUUAUGGUACGCGCCGGCCUUGGCCCACGCAUCCGGAGGAAGUCCCAGCCUACGCAAGUCACGUUGGCGGAUGGUCUGCGCACAAGUCAAUAGACCGAUGCAUAGAUGACAUCCCCAUGUACUUUGCCCCGCAUGAAAGCGAGGCAGUGUCCUUCGAUAUUUUGGACACCAAAUUCGACAUGAUCUUGGGCAUGUCAUGGCUGCGAAGUGAGGAUCACCCGGUGAACUUCUACCGCCGCACCGUUCACGUUCGUGAUCGGAACGGAGUACUAGUCCCAUCGAUCAGCUGUCACGUGGUGUCCGCCUCAAGCAUGCGAGCUUCCAUCAUCAGAGACGACAUCGAGGAAAUGGGGGUGUGUUUUCUCCACGCCAUCCCGCCCCAUGACGCUUCAUCGAUGGACUCAUCUUCGAACCCACGCAUCACCGAACUUCUCGACGCCUACGGCAAAGUGUUUGAAGGCCUGCAUGGAGUAGUACCGGAUCGGCCCAUCCGCCACGAGAUCAUCCUCGAGGACGGGGCUGCACCUCCGCGUGGUUGCAUCUACCGAAUGAGCGAGAAAGAGUUAAGUGUGCUGCGGGCACAACUCGACGACCUUCUGGAGAAAGGUUGGACUCGGCCUAGCUCAUCGCCAUACGGUGCUCCUGUUCUCUUCGUCCGGAAGAAGAACAAGGAUUUGCGGUUGUGCAUCGAUUAUCGCAAGCUCAACGCGCAAACGGUCAGAAACGCCGACCCUCUUCCACGCAUCGACGACCUUCUCGAACGGCUGGGCGGUGCCAAGUUCUUCUCCAAGCUUGACCUCAAGUCGGGAUAUCACCAACUCGAGAUGAGGCAGGAGGACCGCUACAAGACCGCGUUUAAGACGCGAUAUGGGCAUUUCGAAUGGCUGGUUAUGCCAUUUGGCCUUAUGAAUGCCCCGGCCACUUUCCAAGCGGCUAUGACAACGGAGUUCCGACACAUGCUGGAUCGAUUCGUACUUAUCUACCUCGACGACAUCCURGUGUACAGCCGGAGUWUGGAYGAGCAUGUGGAACACCUSCGCACCGUUUUGGAGCGGCUACGACAAGCCAAGUACAAAGCCAACCGCGACAAAUGYGAAUUUGCGCGGCAAGAGCUGGAGUACUUGGGACAUUAUGUGACGCCGCAAGGCAUCCGUCCGCUUGCGGACAAGAUCGAGGCCCUCCGCCCCAAGCUGACACCACCUCUUAUGUAUUCUGGGGAAGACCCCAAGGUGGAUGUUUCAGAUUGGGUUACUGCUAUGCAUGCAUACCUGGGCAGCUUUGUAUGUCCAAAGGUGACAAAGGUAGGGACUAUUAUGGGUCGCCUGGAGAGGAAUGCACUGAAAUGGUGCACAUCCUCUGCAGCAAAACAGAAUCUGCCCAUGGACAAAUGGGCACAGCAGUUGAAGGUGGAGGGGUUGCUGCAGGCCCUGCGAGACCGGUUUGCAGACAGGGAACAGACCCGAAAAGCAGCAGAUAAGAUAAUGUUGCUGGGCUCACGCAGAUUUGAGGGUUCCCUGUCCAAGCUCUACAGUAUGUUUGAGAGCUUGACAGCUACUCCCGGUCUGGAGAUGAGUGAGUCUGACCAGCUCACUCACUUCCUACGCGCAGCGCCUCCAAACUACUUCAUCGCUCUUUUCUCUCAGGGCCACAAGGACUGGAUGUCCUUUGGCAAAGCGGCCCUGGACCUGGAGUCCCGGCUCAAGGUUCAGGAACCUUAUGAAGGAACGAGGAGACCCUCUUCCAGGGGACAGCGCAGGAAGAAGGGUGCUCUGUUGGCUGCUGACACCGGUUCUGAUUCUGAUGCAUCUCAGCGUGGCAGUCCUCCAUUUGAGACUGCAUCAGCAUCAGCAGUUGAGCCAGCCGUUCUUGCCCUGGCUGAGAAGCUUGCUGCCAUGUUCAAGGGGAAGAUGUCACCUGUUGAACUCGAUGAGCUCAGGAGACAGCUUGAGACCCUGACCAGCAAGGACUGGAUCAGACCCAGCACAUCGGAAUUUGGGGCUCCAGUUCUCUUUGUUCCAAAGGGGAAUGAAGAAUUCAGGAUGUGUGUGGACUACAAGGGUCUCAACAAAAUCACUAGGAAGUCUACAGAGCCCCUUCCUAGGAUUGAUGAUCUGCUGGACAUGGUGCAGGGCUGCACAAUCUUCAGCAAGAUCGAUCUCAAAUCUGGCUACCACCAGAUUGAGAUGGUUCAGGGCGAUGUCCACAAGACUGCCUUCAAGACCAGAUAUGGCACUUACGAGUACCUGGUCAUGCCUUUCGGUCUUUGCAAUGCCCCUGGCACAUUCCGGACAGAGAUGCAUCGCAUACUCAGGCCUUACCUGGACGGGUUUGUAGUUGUGUACCUGGAUGAUAUCCUGGUAUUCUGUCGAUCUGUUGAGGAGCGUGCGCAGCAUCUGGCUCUGGUUCUCCAGGCACUACAUGAGGCCCAGUACAAGAUCAACAGAGAAAAGUCCUCCUUUGGAGUGACUUCUGUGACUUAUCUGCGACAUGUAAUCUCUGGGGAAGGGCUGGCUCCUGAAGCAACAAAGGAUGGUGGGCAUGGUCUGCAGCCAGUUGAGUACAUGAGUAAGAAGAUCAAAGUCAAAAAGCUGCAGGAUUCCACGUACCAGAAAGAGCUAUAUGCUCUAGUGUCAGCGCUAAAGCAUUGGAAACAUUUCCUCAUGGGCAGACACUUCCAGAUCUAUUCAGAUCACUUCACCUUACAGUGGAUGAAGACCCAAGGGGAACUGAAUGACAAGCUUGCGCGCUAUAUUCAGUUCAUUGAUCUGUUUGACUUUGAACUGAAACACAAGAAGGGUUGUUACAAUCGUGUAGCAGACGCCCUUUCUCGUAGGCCUGACGCUCUCUGCAUGAUCUCCUCUACUCACACUUUUGGGGAGAGUACCCGUCAGAACAUUGCCCAACUAUUGCCACAGGACCCGACUUUUGGCCCGAUCGUUAGGAAUCUGCAGACUGAUCCUGCCUCUGAACCAGGGUAUAUUCUGGUCUCAGGUCUGCUGUAUACUUGCAGCAGAGGAGAGGAGCGUUUGUGUAUCCCUCAAAACCGCCAGCUGAGAACACUCAUUAUGUUUGAGUGUCGUGAUGCUCGCGGCCACUUUGGGGCCUUAAAGUCGUUGGCUGCCCUGUCGCAGCGGUUCUUCUGGCCAGAGAUGAGGAAAGACCUGUUGCACUAUGUGGAAACCUGUGAGAUGUGCCAAAGGAACAAGGUCGUUCGCCGACCUCCCCUUGGCCUAUUGCAGCCACUUCCCAUCCCUGAGGCACCAGCACAGUCAGUGGCUAUUGAUUUCACUGACCUGGGGAAGACUACUCCUCGCGAUAUGCGUCAGGUCAUGGUGUGUGUGGACAGGUUCUCCAAGUACGCAGAGUUUAUUCCUUUGCCAGAGGAAGCCAGAGUCUCGGCUGUGCAGGCGGCCUUUGCUGACAGGUGGGUUACUCACCAUGGACCACCCACCUCUAUUGUCAGUGAUAGAGAUCCGCGAUUCUGCAACAAUGAAUGGCAGUGCUACUGCAAGGACUACCUUCAUUCCAGACUGGAUAUGACAUCUGGUCGUCAUCCUGAAGCCAAUGGGCAAGCUGAAGUGAUGAACCAGAUUCUUUUUCAGUUGCUGCGUCCUGUGAUCAGCCCUGAUCAGCAGGAUUGGGAUCUCCAUCUAGGACAGGCACAGCUAGUGUACAACACGCCUGUACACUCCGGACGAGCUCCUCAAGCCGACGCUCGAGUUCGGUGGCCUCGGGGAUCGAGAGUCUGUAGGGUGUCUGGUGGUGAACACGAUAGUCAGACACAAGCUGGAUGGAGUGCUCGACAUCUCACAUCGGUGGAAUGCCGGCGUACGAGAACGACAGUGGGAAAACGUCGUUGGUACUCUCGAAUGAGGUCACGAACUGCGGGCUCCAGGUCGGUCGUAGCGUGCAAGUUCCUCAGCGUCAGCGUCAGCGCGCGACGGCGGGGUGGACUCGACGGACGGCAGAGGGAGGGAAGUAGAGAUAGGAUCCAUGAAGAUAGAGGGAGGAUCUGGCUCCAGAGAGAUGAGCUUGGCGUCGGAAUAGGGUGGAUCAUAGUGCAAGAGAUCUGUAACGUUCACCGUGAAGAAGGUCACGUCGUCCUGUCAGAUGAAGUGAGCGAACUCCCGAGGCGAUGUGACGGUGAUAGUAGGAGAUGGUAUGGGCACGGAAGGCUCCGGGGAGGAGGGUCGGGAUGUGGUGUCGCGGUGGUACCUAUGAAAGGUACGCUAUACGUCUGUCCACACUUCGUUUUGAGAACGAGAGUGUUGGUCGCCCAGUCGGCCUCGGUGUUGAAGAACCGACGAGACCACGGAAUACCGAGAAUGAAGUCGUACCCCGUCUCCAUCACAUCGAAAUGUGCAUAGGAGCGGUGGAGACGAGACGUCGGGGGACGAACAGUCGGCUCGAGAGUGAGGAAGAAAUGGAGGUCAGUGACCGUCUGAUCAAAGAAGCGUUGGGUCUUGUCAUCCCCUAGGGUGAUAGAGAUGGGAGUCGGAGACCCUGUCGUGGGUAAGCGGGCUUCUUUCACCACACGUGGGUGAAUGAAGUCCCCCUGAGAAC